CCCAAAGGCAGACCACCCCACCCAACAUUUCAAGCUUGCCAGUGAAACUUCUGGUGUCUCUACUCUUCUUUCUCCCCCUCAUCUCUCUUUCCCAAUUUCUUCUUCAUUAAAUCAAUCUCCCUAUCACAAAGAAGUCAUAUCAUCAUCCAGAACUGCAAUCAUGGGUUACACCGAUCAGGACUGGCAGUCCAUCAACACCAUCCGUACCUUGGCCAUCGAUGCGACCUUCGCGGCCAACUCCGGUCACCCCGGCGCCCCAAUGGGCAUGGCCCCAGUGGCCCACGUCCUCUGGAACAGGAUCAUGAACUACAACCCAAAGAACCCAAAGUGGCUCAACCGCGAUAGAUUCGUGCUUUCUAACGGCCACGGAUGCAUGCUCCAAUAUGCUCUCCUCCACCUUGCCGGUUUCGGCCUCACAAUCGAUGACCUGAAGAACUUCAGACACGUCGACAGCAUCACCCCCGGUCACCCGGAAUCCCACGAUACCCCCGGCAUUGAGGUCACCACUGGCCCUCUCGGCCAAGGUUUUGCUAACGCUGUUGGUCUUGCCAUUGCCCAAGAGCACACUGCUGCCCAGUUCAACAAGCCCGGAUUCGAGCUUAUUAACAACCACACAUAUGUCUUCAUGGGCGAUGGAUGCCACAUGGAGGGUGUUGCCAGCGAGGCUGCCUCCAUGGCCGGUCACUUGCAAUUGGGCAACCUGAUCGCCAUCUACGAUGACAACAACAUCUCUAUUGAUGGAAACACCAACUGUGCCUUCACCGAGGAUGUUAACAAGCGUAUGGAGGCAUACGGAUGGCACUGCGUGACCGUCGGUGACGGAGACCACGACCUGGACUCGAUAGAGGCGGCCAUCAAGGCUUGCCAGGCUGUCAAGGACAAGCCAUCCAUGAUCAAGCUCCGCACAACCAUCGGCUUCGGCUCGAAGCUCGAGGGAACCGGUGGUGUCCACGGCGCCCCGCUGAAGAAGGAUGAUAUCAUCCAGGUUAAGGAGAAGUUCGGCUUCAACCCAGAGGAGACCUUCGUUGUCCCUCAGGGUGUCCACGAGCAAUACUCCAAGAAGAGCGCUGAGGGUGCCGCUCUUGAGCAGGAGUGGAACCAGCUCUUGGAGAAGUACUCCAAGGAGCACAGCGCUGAGGCCGCUGACCUCAAGCGUCGCCAGACCGGUGCCCUCCCCGAGGGAUGGGAGAAGAACCUGCCCGUCUACACACCAGCUGACAAGGCUGUUGCGUCGAGAAAGCUCUCCGAGAUCGUGCUCGGCAAGAUCCACGAUGCUAUCCCAGAGUUGGUCGGAGGAUCCGCAGAUUUGACCGGCUCCAACCUCACAAGGUGGAAGGAUGCCGUUGACUUCCAGCCCCCAUCUACUGGACUCGGUGACUGGAGCGGUCGCUACAUCAGAUACGGUGUCCGCGAGCACGCCAUGGGAGCCGUCAUGAACGGACUCGCCGCCUACGGAACCAUCCUCCCAUACGGAGGAACCUUCCUCAACUUCGUCUCCUAUGCCGCCGGCGCCGUCCGCCUGUCCGCUCUCUCCCGCGAGCGCGUCAUCUGGGUCGCCACCCACGACUCCAUCGGACUCGGAGAGGAUGGACCAACUCACCAGCCUAUCGAGACCCUCGCCCACUUCCGCGCCCUGCCCAACUGCAUGGUCUGGCGCCCAGCUGACGGAAACGAGACCAGCGCCGCCUACUACGUCGCCCUCACCUCCCUGCACACCCCCACCAUCCUGGCCCUCUCCCGCCAGGACCUCCCUCAACUCGAGAACUCCACCAUUGCGUCCGCGAUCAAGGGUGGUUACGUCGUGCACGAGGCCGAGAAGGCGGACAUCACCAUUGUGUCCACCGGUUCGGAAGUCGGCAUCUGUGUCGACGCUAUCAAGACCCUCAAGGAGCAGCACAACCUCACCGCUCGUGUCGUCUCCAUCCCCUGCUUCGAGGUCUUCGAUACGCAGUCCAAGGAGUACAGACUCAGCGUUCUGCCAGACGGUAUCCCAUCCCUGUCGGUCGAGGUCAUGUCCACCAUGGGCUGGGAGAGGUAUACCCACGAGCAGUUCGGUCUUAACCGCUUCGGUGCUUCGGGUGCUUACAAGGAUGUUUACAAGAAGUUCGAGUUCACCCCAGAGGGCAUCGCCAAGCGCGCUGUCGCCACCGUGGACUUCUGGAAGGACGUUCCAAACAUCCGCUCGCCUAUUAACCGCGCUUUCCAGCAGCUUAUCUAAGUUAAGUGAUGGGAGGUUACGAGGUUUGUGGGGGUCGAGUGGGGGGUAGAGAAGGUGCGAGGAGGUAAAGAGAAGAAAAGAAAAGAAAAGCGUGGGGGGAAUGGAAAGCGUGACGUGUACUGUUGUAGCUCUUGCAGGUAGUUGAGACUAUAUACAUA